ACCAGCUCGCGGCUGCAGCCAACCGCUGGCCGCUAGCACUGACCACCGUGCAACUACCAGCACCAGCCCCCGCAGCGAUGGCGCGGACUCGCACCGAGAAGGGUGAAGGCGGCCCGCCGGCCAGGAAGGCACCCCGCAAGUCUGCGAGGGCUGCGGCAGCUGGGUCAGACGCAGCGUUCUGCCAGCGCUGCGACGAGGCCUGUGACAAGGAGACGUCCUUGCGCGCCGUCGCAAGUGGCAGGGGCAGGCAGCUCUCGAUCAUAGGCUGCGACACGUGCUGGGCUACUUACGAGCGCCACUAUAUUGGGGAGUACGCGUGGGCGGACGUCUGCGAGAAGUCGCACGAGGAGGACGAGUUCCGCGAUGACUUCGGGAAGCACGCCGAUGCCGACAGGGAGCUGGAGGAGCAGGUGAACUCGGCGGCCAGUGAGAACGGCUCGGUUGAGAUCGACACGAUCUACGGCCAAGAGGUGUCGAAGACCAACAUCCAGUUGACGCCGCAGCAAUGGAACGCCCUGGUGGUUCCUCGUGGCGUCGUGGGGAUCACGCCAGAGAUGACAGAUACGUUGGACUGCAGGGUCCCCAGCUGCACCCAGCCUGGCGUGUGCACGACUGGCGUCGUGAUGCAGCACCCCGACAAGCCCUACACGGAGAUCAAGAGCUACACUCGCACCGAGGUGCGGAUGUCGACGGUGAAGUUGUCGGCGUCGAAGGCUUCCAAAGUUGGCGCCGACGCGGAGACCUUCAGGGAGGAGAUCACCAGGCUCCGCCAGAAGCAGGCGACGAUCUUGCGCGGCUUCGCGAAGGUCCCCACCAUGGACAACUUGGCUGCGAGCAGCAGCGCGGCCUUGGCCGUCAUGGGCGGCCGAGUGGGCAGCCACGCUUGCAGCCCUCGCGGCGACGAGAGCCUCGCAGUCGUGCCACGCGCUUCGCCGCCAGAGCCGCGGGCUCCAGCUGGGGCGCAGCUUGGCAGUGGCGAGAUGAGCGGAGCGGGCUACACCUACACCGACCCCGUGAUUGUCGUCGAGGACUCGUUAAUGGCAGCUGACAGUGUAGCGGCAGGCUCGUUGCAGAGGGGGUGGGGCUCUGCUGGCCCUUGGUCGUGUGGCGCGUCGCUCUCAGGCGACUCGCCUGCCAAUGGGAGUGACGUGCGGGAUCGGUCGAGGUCCCCAGCGCCGAGCACGGCCGCUUCGCGCGCCGACUCGUCGGGCGGCAAGGCCAGCGCCGCUAAACCCAGCACGCCCAAUGCCGCAGAGAAGAACCGCCUCGAGGCCUUGAGGAGGGGCCUGAACAUCUCGGAGCUCCUGGACGGCGUGAAGAAGGGCGACAGGGACUACUCGCUGAAGCGCUUCAAGCCCAAGGCUCCGAGCGUCAUCGUCAUGGCAGCCGCGCUUAAGAAGCAGGUCGAGGCGGCCACCUACCUUGCGGCCAACAUCGGAAAUAUGACGUGGGUGCAGGUCUGCGAGCGGCUGGAGGAGAUCAAGAGCGAGCACGUGCUCCAGACGACGACGUUCCAGGCUUCCCUUCUGCGGACUUACGUGAAGGAGAACAUCGAUGAUUUUGAGGUGAUGGUUGAUGCCUUGCUGCCGUACGCAAGGUUCGCCGAAGAGUACGACGUGGUCCAGCCCCGCUUGUCUUCCAUGACCAUGCCGAUCGAGGACAAUAUGUCCCUGACCCGAGAGGUGCUGCUUGACGUCAUCGUGUUGCCACAGGUGGCGGAGGGCUUCAAGAAUGUCAAUCACCUGCAGGGUUUCGGAGGGUCGCUGGCAGCGGCCUUCAAGAACGUCGACGGCUGCCCCGAUAACGUGAAGCUCUUCUGCGAGCAGGUGACGGCGAUGGGCAUGUUGUUGGAACAGCUGCCGAACUACGACCCGUUGACGUUCGAUACGGUCAAGAUGUUCAUGAAGCCCAUGAUCGAGCUCAUUACAGGUGCGACUGAGGAGCCUGGCUGGCACCCGCUGUCUGCGACGCUUUCAGCGUACGAGCCCUGGGCUCAGUACAAGGCCUCCUUCCGCAGUGCCGCGUCCACAGACCUCGAGAUCGCGCCCUUGAUGACUGCCGCGGUCAGCGAGCUCGUCCAGGCGGGGAGGAACCCCGACGGCUUGAGAGUCAUUGAGGGUGCCAUUUCAUCCAUACUGCUGUGGAGGCAGACGUGCCGCGGGAAGGCAAAGGCGACCGUUGGCGUAGAGCAGGCCCUCCACAGCACGAUCGAUAGGCUGGUUCGCGGCACCCUCGAGACGCCCGCAGAUCGGUUGGACAUCGACGAGGCGGAGAAGCUGAUGGAUUGCAUGGCAAAGCUCGCAGCGGUCCUCGGGGUUGAGCAGGGGGGCGGCGACGACCCGAUGGGACGAGCGUUCGAGGACGUCUCCUUGCACGCCGACAUCGCCCGCCAGGCCAGCACGGAGAACCAGUGCAUGGAGACCAUCAGCAAGUUCCGGAUGGACCCCGCGAGCGAGAGAGUCGACGAUAUCAGGAUCUUCUUGGCCAAGCAUUGCGACUUGAAGGUGCAUGACGAUGGCCAGUGCCAGAAGCUCAUCGACGCAUCGGUCCGCAUCAUCGAGAACAGCGACAUAUUGAAUAGCGAUCUGGACUUAGAGCGGGUUGAUGAGUCCAAGGGUUUGAUCGACAGGUCCGAGACAUCGGUCGUGGUCGCCUCUUGCUUGCUGAAGUGCAUCGUCCCGACGCCUGAGACUGCGCCCAUCGUCGAUGCGAUCACCUCACGGCUUGCCGACCUGCAGGUGGGCGUCACGGUGGCUAGGUCCCUCAUCAGGUUCUGCGCUGCCCACGCUUCGCAGGACACUGCCAAAGGGGACUUGCAGGCGCUCUUCGAGCAGCUGGACUCCGCCAUCUCAGGACGUGCAAGCACGAAGAGUUCAGCUGGCCAUGACGAGUUGCUCAUCCAGCGGGGCCUCACGUCGUGCGAGACCUACGACAAGGUCAUCGAGCCGUGGUGCGCCGCGGCGAAGGCCGUGGCGUCGAGCUACGCGACUGGCUGCGCAAAGGACGUCUUGGAGCAGGUCCAGAGGGAGGGCGCUCGCCUUCGGAAGCUCGCUGGCGGCAUGAACGACGGCUCGCACUGGAUGGGCGGGUUCGGCGAAGACGUGGACGACUUCGCGGCAAUCAUGGCCCGCGCUAGGAAGACGCUCUUCAAUCAGUUCGGGCCGCGCGGCAAACUGAAGUUGGCGGUCAAGGAGUUCGGAGACUCUGUGCGAGCGUGCGCGGCCCAGCACGCGACCUUGGGCAUCGACGCAGACGCCCACGGCGAGGAGUUCAAAGCUUUCCAGGCCACCCUCGAGGUGGCGAACACGACGCUGGCGGCGGCGGCGCUGGCCCAGGCGUUCAAGGACGACAAGGCCGAGGGUCCGACGCGCAAGGCCAGCGUACUGAGGGCCGUGGACGUUCUGCAGGCCCGCGGG